ACUAAUUUUUACAAGUCAUUCAUCUCUCUCUAGUCUCCACCCUCUAAAAUAUGGAGAGAAAAGUUUGCAGGAUUUGAAACAAAAUAUUGAUAGAAGAUUUUAUCAGUGGGCGGCCCAAAGGAACUAGUUAAAAAAGUCCGGGUCAGGUGCGCACGAGAGAUGCUGGAGCAUGGGCCGGCCCACGACACGGAGCCCAGUCUACAUAAACAGAGACAGGCUGGCAGAGCCGGGCUAGAGGAGAAGACGGAGCUGGAUGGCGAAGAUGGAGCCGGAAAAAACACGCGGUCGGCCCGCAAAGGCGACCUGAGGGAGAUGCUCAAGGAAAGGAGAGGAGAAUCCACUGCGACCUCCACAAUCGGCUCGGAGGAACGACGAAAGGCGGUCGAGGACAAGGAAGCAGCUGAGUUGUGGAGGAUGUAUGAGCGAUUGGAGAGGCGGCUGGACGCCCAGAACCCCUAUUGCCAGGCGGUCUUUAGCGAGGUAACGCCCUUCUCCAGGAGAAUAAUGUCCUGUCCUCUCCCGGACAACUUUAAGACCCCACAGGUCAAAGCAUACAACGGGACGACUGAUCCCCAGGAUCAACUUGCUCGCUUCAGGGCAAACGUAGUCAUGUAUGCGUACCCUGAAGAGAUUAAGUGCCGAUGCUUCCUAGCGACACUGGAAGGGCAAGCUUGUGAGUGGUUCCAUAAGUUGCCCAAGGGAUCAAUAGACAGGUGGAGCGACCUGGCCCACAAAUUCUUGGAGCACUUCGCAUCCAGCCGGAGGCAAAAGCUCCCCUUCUCGCAUCUGCUUAAUGUGAAAAUCUGGAAGGGGGAGCAACUCCGGGAAUUCAUCAAUAGGUGGGAGAAAGAGGCUAAAGACACCCAAGGGGCGGACGACCAUGCCCUGAUCGCUAUGCUCCAAGCGGCACUCCCCCAAGGGGAUGUGCGCAAGGAGCUGUGACGAAACCCGCUCUCGACCUAUCAAGAGAUGCUGGCAAGAGCGAAGUACCUGGCGUUGGAAGAGGAAGAUGACAAACCACCCGUCCGGAAGGAAAAGAAAAGUGGACCACCGGUGGCAAAAGAAAAGAAGAGGAAAGACUACGGUAGGGGGGCCGAACCCUACCGGAUAUCAGGUGAACAGACAUCCCGUCCACGCGAUGCAGUCCUUACCCGCCCCUCCCUGUAGUCAAGAAAGCUAUGGCAUUCAG